CCCCUCCCCCAUUCAGUGCCUCCCCAGUGGGUGAUGAGGGUGUUAAGCCGGGCAGUGUGAGGUAGUCUCAUUAGAGUUAGUGGGACGAGCCGCUUCUCUGGUCACAGCAUUACAGACCUGAAACUUCAAGCUGGAGUUCACCAGAGCCUUUAACAAAUCUAAAACUCCACACCAAACUGCUCUUCAACUGAACAUGUGGGACACAGAGCUUUAGGUGAAUCUCUUGAGAUGUGAAGAAGCUGCUGAAGAUGAGGGACGUGAAGACAGAAAAUUAGAGAACUUCUCUUGUGGAACCGGAUCAACUGUUACAAUGGAGUUUCGAAGAAUUUGUGUGAAUUUAUACACUGUUUUACUGACCACGAUGAUGUUCAAAAGUGGUAUAUUCUGCUCAGAAUCUUCCGAGAAGUGUGUUUCAUCUCCGUGUCAGAAUGGUGCAACAUGUGUGGACACCAUGGAUGACUAUGUGUGUCUGUGUUCCCGGGAUGGAGUGCGCUACAUGGGAAAGGACUGUGAAGAGUUGUACGAUGCGUGUGUGUUUGCAGAGUGCGAGGGGUGUGUUAGUGAACUGGGUACUGGGAACUUCACCUGUCCAGCAGAGGUGGACGAGUGUGCGAGCGAUCCAUGCGUAGGAGCUCGAACAGAGUGUCUGAAGGAGCCAGACGGGUUCCUAUGCCUGUGUCCCGAUGGCUUAGGAGGGGAUGACUGCACUGCACGCAUCACUGACUGCGUGGACCAGCCCUGCCUCAACAACGCCACCUGCAGGCGGCAGCUGGAUGGCUUCGUGUGCGAGUGUGCUCCAGGAUACCGUGGCGAACACUGCGAGGAGGAUAUUAACGAGUGCUUGUCACACCCUUGCCAGAACGGGGCGAUAUGCAUGGACGGUAUCAACGAAUACCACUGCUUCUGCGUACCUGGUUACCAGGGCUACAACUGUGAGAUUGACAUUAAUGAGUGUGCAUCAAGACCGUGUGAAAACAACGGGACCUGUGUCAAUGGGAAAGACCGCUACAUUUGCGAGUGCCUCCUGGGGUACACGGGAACGAACUGUGAAGUGGAGGUGGACGAGUGCGAGUCAGAUCCGUGUGAAAACGGAGCGACCUGUAUAGACCUGGUGGGGUUGUACACCUGCGACUGUGUGAAAGGAUUCAGCGGCCUCAACUGUGAGAUCAACAUCGAUGAGUGUGAGAGCGCACCAUGUCAGAACGGAGGGACCUGUCAGGACCUGGUGGACAGUUUUAAAUGUGACUGUGGGGACUCUGGCUACAUGGGAGAUCUGUGUGAAGAGGACAUACCUGAGUGUGCAUCAGACCCCUGCCAACAUGGAGCCACCUGUGAAGAAGGGACCAAAGAAUACACCUGCACCUGCUGGCCAGGGUACGAGGGGCAGAACUGCGAGGUGGAUAUUGAUGAGUGUGUGGACGCUCCUUGUGAAAACGGGGGAGAAUGCUUUGAGAAUUCAGACCCCAUGCAGUGGACCUCUGACUGGACCUUCAGUUACGCUACUGCUGCAGGAUACGUUUGUCAGUGUCAGCCAGGUUACACAGGAGAGACCUGCUCUGUGAACAUUGAUGAGUGUGUGUCUGAGCCGUGUCAGAACGGAGGGCAGUGUGAGGACAGGGUCAACGGAUACGUAUGCAUCUGCGCAGAUGGCUACAGAGGUGUGGAAUGUGAGGUGGACAUAGACGAGUGUGAAAGCGCUCCAUGUCAGAAUGGCGGCGUGUGUGAGGAUUUGGUGGGCGACUACGAGUGUCACUGUGAAGAAGCGUCAAGAGGUCUCCAGGCCUGGGGAGGGCGCCAGUGCACGGUGGAGCUCCUGGGUUGCCUUAACCACCAGUGUCAGAACGGAGCCACCUGCCGGCCAUGGCUGGACGGUGACGAGCACAGGCACACCUGUCUCUGCACACCUGGUUUCUAUGAUGACCUUUGCUCCACCGCCACCACGUUUUCCUUCUCUCAGCCAGGCUACUUUCUGUUGGAGGUCUCUGUGGAGGAAAGGAAAAAGCGUUCUCCGGAAACAGAGCACCCCCUGCAGGUGUGUUUGCGCUUCCGCACCACGCUUCCUGAUAGACUGCUCUUCUUCCGGGGCAACUCUGACCACUUCCUGUCACUUGAGUUAGUCAGAGGUGCCCUGCGGGGGUGGGCAGAGUCCAAAGAGGACGGAGUCUCGCUGCAGGUCACUUCCACCGAUUUGGCGAACGACGGCGAAUGGCACGAAGUGUGUGUGAGCGUCUCGUUGGCACCCGCCGAACAGGCAGAGAUAGUGUUAAAGAUUAAAGGUCCUGGCUGUGGUAAAGAGGGCUGUAGGGUGGAGCAGACCACAGACCACGCCCCUUUCUUACAACACAGUCAGCUAAAGCAGGUUUAUGUGGGUGGAGCGCCGGAAGAGUACCUGAGCCUUACUUACAGUGGCCGUGGCUUUGUGGGCUGCAUGGAGGACCUCCUGGUGGACGGGAGGACCAUCCUGCCGCAGGGCGCCGAGGGGCCGGAGCUUGAGCUGGGCUGCAGUAAGAACGAGUGGUGUAGGGUGGAGCCACACCCCUGCAGUCAUCAUGGAGAUUGCAUUGACCUCUGGACUAGCUAUCAAUGUUCCUGCCACAGACCAUACCAUGGACAAGACUGCAGCAAAGAAUACUCCUCCUGGACGUUCGGUCAUGAGGGCUCAUCCAGUUUCAGCUCAUUCGAUCUGCAGACGGAUCACGCCCAGAACUUUAACCUGUCCUUCUUUCUGCGCUCACUGAAACCGGAUGGAAUUGUGCUGCAGUUGUGGGAGGCGGAGCAGGCAGUUGUUGAGGGGUCAGAGCCGUAUCUCACAGUGUUCCUGCAGAUGGGGCGGGUGGAGGUGAGCGCAGGGGGACAGAGUGUGAGGUCCCCUGUGUUUGUGUGUGACGGGCACAAGCAGCAAAUUCAGGUGGAGCUACAGGAAGGCGAGGUGUUCUUCAGUCAUGCAGGAUUCCGCUAUCCACUUGGUUCCAUCGCUCCAGUAACCCUGCGGGUGGGGGACCAAAUAUAUGUGGGUGGUCUGCCGAAUGAGGGGAUGGCUGGAGAGUGGGGGGGCCAUUUUAAAGGCUGCCUGCAGGAUGUAAGACUGGACGAUGUGCACCUGGAUGUAGAUGCGUGGAACAACACCAUCAAUGGCACCGCCUAUGUCCCCAGCGAUGCACAAAACCUGCUGCCUGGCUGCGUCAGCGAUGAUAUGUGCAAGGCGGCGCCAUGUUUGAAUGGAGGGGAGUGUUCGCUGACCUGGAACGAUUUCACCUGCUGGUGUCCUCUGAACUUCACGGGGAAGACGUGUGAAUCUCGCGUGUGGUGCGUGAGCGACCCCUGUAUGAACGGCGGGCGCUGUGUGGACCUUCCAGACGGAUAUGAGUGUGUAGCAAACGCCACCUUCGAUAACUCCCCACUCCACUUCACCGCUAAGGGCUCUUUGAUUGCCCCAGUGACCAACAUCACCCUGGAUCUACGCACUCGACAGGAAAACAGUGUUCUGCUGCGAGCAUGGAGGGGGGCGGAGUUUCUCCUGAUUGGUCUGCUGGAUGGCGUGGUGAGAGCGGAGCUACAUGGAGAGAACAGUGUGGAGCCAGUAGUGUUUACAGGAUCCCAGCGUGUCACGGACGGACUCUGGCAUCAUCUAGUGGUUUCUAUGGAGCAUCCAGAGCAGGACGCGUCACUGUGGGUGAUCAGUGUUGAUGGCAUUAUGGACGGCAGCAGUGCUCCAGAGCAUAUUGAGAGCAUGGGCUUCCUUAGUGAUGUUACGAGUGAAGUUGCACUGGCAGAGAGCUACACAGGGUGUCUGGGUUUGGUCAGAGUGGGCGGAACUUACCUGCCCUUCACUGAUGAUUUUGUAGCUCCACAGGCCGCUCGUUUCCGCCGGCGACGAGGCGAGCGGGCGAGGCUGGGCUGCGUAGGUUCUUCUGUGUGCCGGCCACAGCCAUGCCAGCAUGGAGGAACCUGUGAGGAUCUGUUUCACCACUUCCACUGCGCCUGCCCCCUCGGCUGGGAGGGCCUCACUUGUGAAAUUGACACGGACGAGUGUGCCUCGGGGCCCUGUGUUCAUGGCAACUGCAGGGACAAGCUAGGGGGCUUUGAAUGUGAGUGUGAACCCGGUUUUGGUGGGGCAACUUGUGAUGAAGAUUUGGAUGAAUGCAAAGACUCCCCCUGUCAGAACAGAGCCACCUGUGUGGACGGAGUUAACCAGUACAGCUGCAUCUGUGCACGAGGCUACAGUGGGAAACAGUGCCAGUGGAACCACCCUCCUCAGAAGUGUGCCGAUUUGGAGUGUGUGAGUGGUGGAGUGUGUCGAGAUGCCCCAUGGGGGGCGGAGUGUAUAUGUGCCCCGGGACUGACAGGACGCAGGUGUGAGAUAGAGAUUAACGAGUGUAUGUCCAAUCCUUGUUUAAAUGGCGGGACGUGUUUGGAUCGUCUGAGCUUCUUCCAGUGUGUGUGCGCUGCGGGUUUCAGCGGACCAUACUGUGAAACGAAUAAAGAGGCUCAAAGGGAUCGGAUGCCAUGGAUGGUGGUGGUGAUCCCACUGGCGUGCGGCUGUGCCCUCUUAGCUGUGAUUGGUGUGAUUUUCAUGCUGAUGACGGCGCGCAGGAAGCGCCAAUCAGAGGGAGCAUAUUCACCCAGCCAACAGGAAGUGGCGGGUGCUCGUCUAGAAAUGGACAGCAUGCUGAAAGUCCCACCAGAGGAGCGCCUCAUCUGAGACGCCUAAACUGAUCAUCUCAGCUCUCAGCUGCCUUCUGGUGCAGGAAACCAGAGACUGUAAUGCACUUGCUCUAACACUGAGGGUCUGGAGAUCCAGCUGGACUUGGAGAAAACACCCGAUACUGGUCAACUGGUUGAGUUUGUGAUACUCAGGUAGCUUGGUUAAGGUCAUGCAGGUAGACCAGUUUGUAGAAGUGAAGAAUGAAGGU